UCCGGUGUGUUUGAACCCAUUUGAAACGAAGAUGGCGGCCGUCGGACGACUGACUCAAGCCUUGCUGAGGUCUUCUUUGACCCAGACCCGUCGUCAGCUUUCUGCUGCCGCUGCUGGUCAUGGCGAGCAAGCUGCGAGGACAUGGAAGAUACUCACCUUUGUGGUUGCCCUUCCUGGCGUUGCGGUGUGCAUGGUUAACAUGUACCUGAAGGAGCAACAACACAGCCACGAACAGCCUGAGUUCAUCCCUUAUUCCCACCUCCGCAUUCGGAGCAAGCGGUUCCCCUGGGGAGAUGGCAACAAAUCGCUCUUCCACAAUCCCCACGUGAAUGCCCUUCCUGAUGGCUAUGAGGGUCACGAUGAGUAGGCCCUCUUUCCAAACCUCAUAACUUGUGUAGGGACCAGAUUUCCCUCAGUAGGUUUUUCUCUCCAGGACCACACAAACUCAUUUACAAUUUACCUUUCUUCUGUGUUGACCUCCGAACACGAAGAACCUGAGCCGGCAAUUCUUUGCUCUGUACUGUUAAGCAAAAUAAAACUGAAAUAAAGUAACUUAGCUCAA